GCCGAUCAUAAUGGUGACAUACCGAAGAAGGACAUCUCCUCUAUUGAUAUCUCCAGCAACAGAAGCCAACCUAUUAGCAACAGCGACCUGGAAAAGCAAUAUACACCGACCCAACGCUUCUUUCGCUCAGUCCAGAGAUACAUCUGGGAUGACCCAGACAAACCAAAACACGAAAAGAAGUUCUUGCUCAAGCUCGACUUCUUCCUACUUACGUAUGCAUGUCUCGGGUAUUUUUGCAAGAAUCUGGACCAGCAGAACAUCAGCAACGCAUAUGUCUCUGGGAUGAAAGAAGCACUGCACAUGGAUGGAAACGAGCUCACGUACAUGAGUAAUGUUUUUACUGCUGGAUAUGUUAUCAGUCAACUCCCAGCCGUCAUUCUCGUCACCAAGCUGCGGCCGUCCCAUGUCAUCCCGACCCUCGAAUGUCUUUGGGCAAUUUUCACCUUCUGUUCUGCUGCAGUGACAUCAGUACCUCAGCUGUAUGGGCUCCGUUUUCUCAUUGGUUUCUGUGAAGGGGCCUUCUUUCCUUGUAUCAUCUAUUUGAUAGGGUCAUGGUACACCAAGCAUGAGCGAGCGAAGAGAACAACACUUUUCUAUUGUACUGCAUCUCUGGCACAUAUGUUCUCUGGUUAUCUUCAAGCAGCAGCCUACGACAAUCUUGACGGCAAGCUAGGUCACGCCGGAUGGCAAUGUCUACCCGUUGGAGUCAUCGGAUACUUCUUCAACCCCGACUUCCCAGAAAACACCAAAGCUUUUUAUCUGACCAAAGAGGAAGCCGUCUAUGCAAGGAAAAGACUCGUCUUGGAUGGCUAUACACCUCUCGGAUCGCAAUCGUCCAAGUGGGACAAGAAGAAGCUCUUCCGUAUCGCCACAACAUGGCAAUUCUGGGUCCUGUCCUUUGGCUAUUUCUUUGUACAAUCUAGCCAUCCCUCUCAGCAGCCAUUUUACUCGCUGUGGCUCAAAGCUGAAGGCCAUAGCGUGUACCAGAUCAACGUGUGGCCAACAGGUCAAUCAGCAGUCGGCGCCGUCACUCAGAUCAUUGCGGGUAUGCUCUCAGACUCACCUCUACUCGGUGGCAAGAGAUGGCAAACGAUAGCAAUACUCCAAACAGCAUCUUUCUUCGGCACACUGAUUCUGGCUAUCUGGAACGUACCCAUCGGUCUCAAAUACUUUGCCAUGUACAUCAGUUACUGCUCUGCGGGCGUGCCUGGACUUUUCUAUUCUUGGUUCCCAGAUUUGAUGCCGCACGAUCACGAGAUGCGUGGAUUUUUGACUGCUUUCUCAAACAUGUUCUCCUAUGUCAAUCAGAUCUGGUUUCAGGAUGCCGUCUGGAGGACCGAGGAAGCUNCAAAGUUUCGACCAGGCUUCAUCGCUGCUGCAUCGUUUAGUGUUGCUCUGAUACUGACAGCUUGCCUGAUACGAAUUUUGGAGAAGAGGGACGUGAAGAAAGGUCACCGGUCGAAGGAGAUACAAGAAAUCAAUAGAGCCGAGGACGAAGUCGUUCCUGAGAUUCAGGCUGACCCUGUACACAUAGCG